AUGGGCCGCAAGGCGCCCCACGUCAGUUCUGAACAACGCCAUGUUUGCUGCCCAUUUGGCCACGCAAUUCAGCAAAGCGGAUCACAUGGGUCGAAUCUCCCGAAACUGUCAUUGUUUGGGAGUUCCCGCCUGUCAGCCUUCGGUAUCUGGAGGCAGAGCUUCUCUUCAUCAAUGACCGUCACUUGUUGCUCCCGAAAACGAAGGCCGAUGCAAAACCCUCUGUUUGCACACCUGCGUUUAUUGCGAUUUUCAGAGUGUGUUGCAGAGCCUGCGCUUUUGCGCCCAAUGGACGAUGCCGCGCCACCACGCGGACUGAAAGCUACGCUGCUGUGA